CUUCAAGUUGGGUGUUAGGUGUCAUAACGAGUUAGAGUUUCUAAUAAGUGAAAAGCAAGAAAAAAUCUGAUAAAAAUGAAAAACUUAUUCAUUUUCCUCUGUGUCAUUGCAGUCACUGCUGCGUCAGCGCAUCAUGGGCAACGUCGGGAUCAAAACAAUGGCCAACGUCGUGGUCAAUACAAUGGACAUCAUCGUGGUCGAAACUUCGAACAUCACAGUCGGAAUAAAAACCAUGCUCCACACGAUUUUAUGACAACAGGAUCCCCAAGCGACUAUUACACAUCAACAGCAUCUCCAAGCGACUAUUACACAUCAACAGCAUCUCCAAGCGACAAUUACUCAACAGUAUUCCCAAGUGACUAUUACUCAACAGGAUCCCCAAGCGACUAUUACACAUCAACAGCAUCCCCAAAUGACUACUACUCAACAGGAUACCCAAGCGACUAUUACUCAACAGGAGUCCCAAGUGACUAUUACUCAACAGGAUCCCCAAGUGACUAUUACUCAACAGGAUCCCCAAGCGACUAUUACACAUCAACAGCAUCUCCAAACGACAAUUACUCAACAGUAUCCCCCAGCGACUAUUACACAUCAACAGCAUCUCCAAGCGACAAUUACUCAACAGGAUCCCCCAGCGACUAUUACACAUCAACAGCAUCUCCAAGCGACUAUUACUCAACAGGAUCUCCAAUUGACUAUUACUCAACAGGAUCUCCAAGCGACUAUUACACAUCAACAGCAUCUCCAAGCGACAAUUACUCAACAGGAUCCCCCAGCGACUAUUACACAUCAACAGCAUCUCCAAGCGACUAUUACUCAACAGGAUCCCCAAUUGACUAUUACUCAACAGGAUCCCCAAGCGAGUAUUACACAUCAACAGCAUCCCCAAGUGACUAUUACUCAACAGGAUCCCCAAGUGACUAUUACACAUCAACAGCAUCUCCAAGCGACUAUUACUCAACAGGAGUCCCAAGUGACUAUUACUCAACAGGAUCCCCAAGCGAGUAUUACACAUCAACAGCAUCUCCAAGCGACAAUUACUCAACAGGAUCCCCCAGCGACUAUUACACAUCAACAGCAUCUCCAAGCGACUAUUACUCAACAGGAUCUCCAAGUGACUAUUACUCAACAGGAUCUCCAAGCGACUAUUACACAUCAACAGCAUCUCCAAGCGACAAUUACUCAACAGGAUCCCCCAGCGACUAUUACACAUCAACAGCAUCUCCAAGAUCCCCAAGCGAGUAUUACACAUCAACAGCAUCCCCAAGUGACUAUUACUCAACAGGAUCCCCAAGCGAGUAUUACACAUCAACAGCAUCUCCAAGCGACAAUUACUCAACAGGAUCCCCCAGCGACUAUUACACAUCAACAGCAUCUCCAAGCGACUAUUACUCAACAGGAUCUCCAAGUGACUAUUACUCAACAGGAUCUCCAAGCGACUAUUACACAUCAACAGCAUCUCCAAGCGACAAUUACUCAACAGGAUCCCCCAGCGACUAUUACACAUCAACAGCAUCUCCAAGCGACUAUUAUUCAACAGGAUCCCCAAUUGACUAUUACUCAACAGGAUCCCCAAGCGAGUAUUACACAUCAACAGCAUCCCCAAGUGACUAUUACUCAACAGGAUCCCCAAGUGACUAUUACUCAACAGGAUCCCCAAGCGACUAUUACACAUCAACAGCAUCCCCAAAUGACUAUUACUCAACAGGAUCCCCAAGCGACUAUUACACAUCAACAGAAUCUCCAAGCGACUAUUACUCAACAGGAGUCCCGAGUGACUAUUACUCAACAGGAUCCCCAGGCGACUAUUACUCAACAGGAUCCCCAAGUGACUAUUACACAUCAACAGCAUCUCCAAGUGACUAUUACUCAACAGGAUCGCCAAGUGACUAUUACUCAACAGGAUCCCCCAGCGACUAUUACUCAACAGGAUCCCCAAGUGACUAUUACUCAACAGGAUCCCCAAGUGACUAUUACUCAACAGGAUCCCCAAGUGACUAUUACUCAACAGGAUCCCCAAGCGACUAUUACACAUCAACAGCAUCCCCAAAUGACUAUUACACAUCAACAGCAUCCCCAAAUGACUAUUAUACAUCAACAGCAUCUUCAAGCGACAAUUACUCAACAGGAUCCCCUAGCGACUAUUACACCACAAGUUCGCCUAUUAUUGCAGCAUAA